ACUCUACCUUCUCUUCACAAACCCUUCAAACCCCACACCUUUAGCUUCUCCCUCCCUCCACUUUCUCUGUCUGUUUAGGACAGUCAAAAAGAAAAAUGGCAAUUGGGAGUGUUGUUGCUUGUUUGGUUGCUUUGAAUCUCAUUUUGGUAGCUGUUGAAGCUAGAAUUCCUGGUGUUUACUCAGGGGCUGAAUGGCAGACUGCCCAUGCUACUUUCUAUGGUGGCAGUGAUGCUUCUGGGACAAUGGGAGGAGCUUGUGGCUAUGGGAACUUAUACAGCCAAGGCUAUGGAGUUAACACAGCAGCUUUGAGCACUGCCCUUUUCAACAAUGGCCUCAGCUGCGGUGCCUGUUUCGAGAUCAAGUGCGCAAAUGAACCACAAUGGUGCCAUGCUGGUAGCCCUUCAAUUUUCGUGACUGCAACCAACUUUUGCCCUCCAAAUUAUGCUCUUCCUAGUGACAAUGGUGGCUGGUGCAACCCUCCUCGCCCUCACUUUGAUCUCGCCAUGCCCAUGUUCCUUAAGAUUGCUGAGUACCGUGCUGGCAUUGUCCCUGUCUCUUAUCGCAGGGUGCCAUGCCGGAAACAAGGAGGAAUCAGGUUCACAAUCAAUGGUUUCCGUUACUUCAACUUGGUCCUAAUCACCAACGUGGCAGGCGCUGGUGACAUCGUGAAGGCAAGCGUGAAGGGUUCGAAAACAGGGUGGAUGAGCUUGAGCCGAAACUGGGGCCAGAACUGGCAAUCCAACGCCGUUCUGGUCGGCCAAUCUCUCUCUUUCAGGGUCACCGGCAGCGACCGCAGAACCUCUACCUCAUGGAACAUUGUCCCUUCCAAUUGGCAGUUUGGCCAAACUUUCACAGGCAAAAAUUUCAGGGUCUAAUCUAAUCUUAAUGAAGGGUUUCUUUCCUUUUUUGGGGGUUUUAAUAUCUUUUAGUUUAUUUUCCUGGAAAAUGAGGGAAAGUGUGUGGUGAAGUUGCUUUGACUUUUGAGGCUGGGGGAAGUGGCUUUCAUUUUAUAGUUUUUACUGUUUUUCUAUUUUUGGGUAAGAGGGUAAAGGUAAAGAAGUGAGAUGUAAUGGGGGCUGAAGUGGCUUGGAAAGAAGUUGUAGCCCGCAGCUUUGAUACUCUUUUUUCUAAUAUAUAUAUAUAUAAUUUAAUGAAAGAAGUGUUUUAUCU